AUGCUACUGGACAUUCAUCCAUCCAUAGUGAUCCAUGAACAUACCACAUUGCGUCUCAGCCAGAUCUCAUACUACGCCAAUGAAUCCUGGGCACAAACUCUGGGGUCUGCUUGGCUGGAUGAAAUCCAGACUCAUCGUUGGGACAGUGAAACAGGAACAGUAAUUUUCUUGCACACAUGGUCCAUGGGAAACUUCAGUAAUGAGGAGUUGACAGAUCUGGAGCGGCUUUUCCGUGUGUAUAUGAUUGGGAUAAGUCAGGAGAUUCAUACCUACUCCACAGACUUGGGGCUUAGGUAUCCUGUUGAAUUACAAGUGAGACUUGACUGUGAACUGUCCUCUAGAGAGAGCUCCAAAGGCUUCUUACAGGCAGCUUUAGAUGGACCAGAUUUUCUGAGUUUCCAAAGCAGAACUUGGGUGCCAUCUCUGGAGGGUGGGAAACAGGCCCAGAAGGUGUGUGAUCUCCUCAAUCAGUAUGAAGACAUCAAGGAAACUGUGGAGAGCCUCCUGAGCAAAACCUGUCCCCAGUUUUUCUUGGGUAUCCUGGAUGCAGGAAAGAUGUAUCUUCAGAGACAAGUGAGGCCAGAGGCCUGGCUGUCAAGCUCCUCUAUCCUUGGGUCUGGCAGACUAAUGUUGGUUUGUGUUUGUUGA